AUGGAGUUCUGUUUUCUCCUUCUCCAGCAGAUGAGGAUAAGUGGUGUCAAAGGCCAUCUCCUGAAGAACAUGUCCAUUGGGUCAGCACAAAAGAUGGAGCUGGACCUUAUGUCAGAGAAAGGACAAUUUCCACAUGGAAUUGAAGAAGGGGGCAUUGCCGAGAUUACCCCAGAGAUCCUCCAAAGUGAAGAUGAAGACACCCCUCCAGAAGAAGUCAUCUAUUCCAUCAGGACCCCAGUCAAUGGGAAGGUGGUGUUGAAAUCAUCACCUGACAGUCCAAUCCAGCGGUUCACCCAGGCCCAGAUAAAUAGCCACCUCGUUCAGUUCAUCCAUGAAGGUCCGUACCAGAAUGGAGGAGAGCAGGAGGCCAGAAUGGACCUGGGCUCGGGAGAACUGUCUGUCGGGUCCCCAGCAGAACUACAACUCAACAACCUUGCGACUCACGAUGUCGAUCUCCUGGUGACGGAUGGCAAGAUGAUCUUGAUCGUGGACGGGCUCUUCAACGCCUCCACAGAAAUUCCAGAGCCUCUUCAAGAAUUGGACAUUGAUUAUGGGCUCUACGUGGCUGGUACCGGAAACCUGGAAUUGCCGUAUCUCACUGGAGUGACUUUGUCAUUCCGGGGCUGUCUUCACACUCUGACAUUUAACGAUCAUGAUGUUCUCUCUGCACUGGCAACCGGCACUGGCGUCAAAGCAACCCGUGGCAUCCAUGAGGGAUGCAGUGAAGAAUUCUCUGCUGGCCCCGAGGUUCCUUUGGGCUUCCUAGGAUCAAACUCCUACAUCAUAUUCCCUGCUUGGGAUGCAAGGAACGGUGGAACCAUAGAGUUUGUGAUCACCACAAGUGCCAAACGGGCCCCUCUGUUUUACCAAUCGGGGCUGGGAAAGGAUUUCUUCUACCUGGAGAUCUUUGACGGACACUUAAGAGGCGUGGUGGAGAAAGGGAAUGGCCCGGUGCUGCUUCACAACAACAUCUACCUCAGCAACGAGCAGGAUCACUUUGUCAAGGUCUACAUGGACAACCGCAAAUUUGAGAUCCUGGUUGACUACUACGUCUCACAGACCUCUAGCAAGGGGAUCCAUGGCUACAUUGAUCUUCAAGGACCUCUUUUUCUCGGUGGUCUGAAUGAGAAGGCUGCGGGCAGAAUGAAAGACCGUGGGCUGGACUUCAUAUCUGCCAGCAGCCUCUUCAAUAACUCCUUUGUGGGUUGCAUAGAGGACUUGAGGGUCAACGAGGAAAAGAUGAGCCUACGAGACGCUCUUGUCACUAAAGACGUAAGUGCUGGCUGUGGGAGGCCAGAUCAGUACUCAGAUUAUGACAAUGUUUAUGAACAGGAUGAGGCCACCACGAGCUCUCCUCUGGACAGUUGGCAGGGCUCUGUUUUGGAGCCCUGUCGCUCCGAUCCUAGCUUGCCCGCAGUCUUCACCAACUUCACCAAACUAUUGCACGUCAGUCCCCUGGUGGUUGCUGAAGGAGGCACGGUUUUUUUGGAGUGGUGGCACACUCAGCCGACUAUUGACCUCAACCGUGCAAACAUCAGGCAAUCUCAAGUUCUCUUCAGUGUCACCACAGAUCCAAGACACGGGCAGCUGGAAUUAAACCUCUCCAAAGUCAGGAGCAGAGGCAAGUUCACUCUCUUGGACAUUAUCAAUCGGAAGGUCAAGUAUGUCCAUGAUGGUUCUGAAGGCCCCAUGGACCAGAUGCUUUUGGAGGUCACCGUCACUGCCAGAGGAGACAUUCCGGAGUGCUUGUGGCAAGGCCAGAUAUACUUGCUCCCCGUCAAGAUCAACCCAGUCAAUGAUGCUCCUGAGGUGGUUUUCCCACACGGAGACUCCAUGGUCAUCCUGGAACACACACGCAAACAUCUCAACCCAGCCAUCUUCCAAGCCCAUGAUGACGAUACCCCCUGUGACAGCUUGCGAUUCCAAGUGCUUGGUGGGAAGAGAAUGGAAGAAGGAUAUCUGGAGUACGACUUCCAUCCUGGAGUCCCGAUCGAAGAGUUUUCCUGUAGAGAUCUGGAAGCAGGCCAGGUGGUCUAUGUCCAUCAAGAGGGGCCUGUAUCCACCCUCACCCUCCAAGUGAACGACGGCAUGGCGAUGAGCCCGGUGGCCACCUUGAGGAUCGAUGCAGUGGAGCCAGAUAUCCAGGUCCACAACAACACGGGACUCUUUGUCCUACAAGGGGACAACGUUCCAAUAACCAAAGCCAACCUUUCCGUGGGUCUUAAUGCCGUCCAGCAAAAAGUACCCGUGUUGUAUCACUUGGGCUCCCCUCUCCAGUAUGGCGAGAUCCAGAAGGAAGGAGGGAUGAGUGGAGAGUGGAAGAAAACUGAAUCUUUUUACCAGCAGGAUAUUGACCAAGGACGCAUCCAGUAUGCUAGCACGGACAAUGAACAUCGAGUAGAAGACACGAUGGAGAAGCUCCAGUUCACCAUCCAGGUAGGCCAGAAGGUCCUGAAAAACAACACCUUCCCCAUCAGAGUCCAAAGGGCUGCCAUCGGGAUGAAAACCAUGGUCCCUCUCCAGAUGAAAAACGAGAAAGAGAAAAACAUCACCUCUGCUGAACUGGAGGCAGCUUUGGAAGAAGCAGGUUCUGAGCAGGUGACUUUCCACUAUGUGAUCCUUCAGCCACCCAAAAAGGGAAAUCUUGAACUUCGGGGCACCAGGCUGGCCGAGGGCUUGAAUUUUACCCAGGAGGAUUUACAGAGAGGACAACUGAGCUACAUUGCAACGGUUAGAGACUCCAAGGAAGCCGAAGAUGUUUUCCAGUUCCGGGUCAUGGCUAAACCCCAUUAUUCCCCUGUGUAUUCUUACAAAAUAGAAAUAGGGGGCGAUCCAGAUACUCCUGUCUUGACCAAUGUCCUUUUGUCCGUUUUAGAAGGAGGACAGGCCAACAUUACCAAGGAAUACUUGUUUGUCAAGAGUGCCAACAGCGUGAACUACAUGUAUGAGGUGAUAGAUGGUCCUACCCAUGGGAAGCUUAUCUGGAGAACCUCUGAGCCUGGGACAACCAGGAAGGAGACCAUAACAACAUUCACAAAUGAAGACAUCCUACAAGGCCGCCUUGUUUACCAGCAUGAUGAUUCCGAGACUCUGGAAGACGAUAUCCCAUUUGUGGCCAUCAAGCAGGAGGAAGGAAGCUUUGACUCAGAGGCUGAGGAGGUGCGAGGUGUCUUCAGGGUCUCCAUUCAGCCCGUCAAUGACCACACCCCGGUUCAAGUGGUCAACAAGGUCUUCAGCGUGGUGCGUAAAGGCCAACGCCUGAUGACCACGGAGGACAUAGCCUUCAUCGAUGAAGAUUCGGGUUUCUCAGACGUUCAGCUAGUGUUGGUAAGAAAAGACAUCCUUUUCGGCAGCAUCAUCGCCGCCGACGAUAGAAACAGCCAGCUCUAUCGCUUCACUCAAGAUGACUUGAGGAAGAAAAAAAUCCUCUUUGUCCACUCGGGAGCUGACCGAGGCUGGAUUCAGUUCCAGGUUUCUGAUGGCCUUCACCAGAUCACAACACUUCUGGAAGUGCAAGCUUCAGACCCUUACCUCAAGGUCGACCACAAUGCCUUGGUCAUCCACCAAGGUAGCCAAGAGCCGAUUGACUCCUCUGUCCUCAGGUUGGAAACCAACAUGGACAUCAGGAAUGACCAAGACAUUAUCUUCCGUAUCUUGGCCCCACCCAUGUCGGGAGCGUUGCUACGAGAUGGCCAGGAAGUAUCAACUUUUACCAAAAAGGACCUUCUGGCAGGUGAUAUUAUUUUCCAUCACAAUGGGAGCAGAAAGUCCCAGGAUGCUAUUCAUUUUUCUGUUGAGACAAAUCAGGUAUCUGUGGAAGAGACACUGAAGGUCACCGUAUUAGCAGAGUCCCAUCCUGACCCACUAAAUCUCGUCCACAACGAGAAGAUACAUGUGCUCCAAGGAGAAGCAAUGGCGAUUAAAAAUGACUACUUGCUGAUGGUGUAA